AGGAAGUGGGGUCCUACUGUGCGCAUCCCGCUGUAAGAGCGCUGUAAUGUUGUUUAUAAGGUGUUAGUCUGGCUUCAAUUGGCCACACCAGUAUCCUCCCCUGUCCUAUAUCGGUUGUAUCUUUAUCCUCUAGCUGCCGGCCUCGAGCUAGCCAGUGAAGUCGAUCAAUACAGUCCAGCUGAUCCAGUUACCCUCAACCACCGCAAGUACAGUGGAGCCGCGUUGCGAUCGAUUGCCAGUUCAUGCACUGCAGGGUCACUUCCACGACAUGAGUAGUCGUCACCACUAGACUCCGCGGUGCCCGCUUUUCUCCUCAGCUCGUCACCGCUAUAUCAGCUAGUAACGUUCUGUCAGGUCCAUAGGCUCAUUAUGUGACUGCUUGCGAGCGCUUGUGAUCAGUUAAGCGCAACUUGUGGGGAUGACCUCUUGUUGACUCCUUGAAUGCUGCAGCGGCUGCUUUGCAGUCAGCUUGCCUUCGUUUCGAUCUAGGACAGUGGGUUUAGUAGCAAGUUUGGUGUGGAAGUAAGUUCUUGUUUCGCUGUAGGUUGUUGGAGCGGCAGCAGUUUUCUUGCUGUUUGUAUGGCAGCGCAGUUGGAGAAAAGUUCCAGUAUGCGCUCUGAUCGGGACUCGCCCAUGGCGGCCUUCCAGAGGUCUGCCUCUUCAGUGAAGGAGUCUACCUGCAUCAACGUCCCAGUGCUGCAGCGCAACAGCUCCCUGCUCAAGGGUAGCCCUCCACCGGAGAAGCUGCGACCGCUUCCUUCCUUGAACAAGGAAGGCCAAGGCAAGAGCGGCCAUAGCGAGGCUAUCCGCAACCGCAACAUCGCCAUCGGUGUUUUGUCGUCUCUGCUCUUCCUAGCCGUGGUAGUCCUUCCAUGGGAGGGAAGCGUGGGCCCAGCAUACAUUGCCAAAACAAGCAAUGUAGGCAAGAUUGCCGUCGGUGUCACUGGUAAUGUUGACCCCUUUCAGAGCAAAUGGGCUAACGCUGCGAGAACGCGCCCAUAUCAUCACUAUGUUAAAAGGUCGUUCUUCGGUGGCUCUAAGUUUCUAGUUAGCGGUCCUGCUAUAUCUGUCACUUACCACGACGGACCUAUUCUGGCGGGCAAAGGGGGUGUCCUGAAGGUGCAUGUCAUCUACUACGGCGCGUUUGCCCCUGGUCAAAAGGCGACCAUCAGUGACUUCCUGCAGUCCUUCUCCGCGCCGAAGGCUACUGCUGGGCACCCCACCGUCGCCGGCUGGUGGGCCAUCACCAAGGGUUACACAGACGGGUCUAAAGUGCCCGUUGCUCAGACUGUUGUUCCCGGUAGCGUCUAUGAGGACGCGGCUUACAGCUUGGGGAAAUCUUUGCAGCAAGCUGAUGUGGAGAAGCUGGUAACCUCCUCCCUGGGCAAGGGCCUUGUGCUUGACCCAGCGGGAGUGUAUGUUGUAUUGACAUCGGCUGAUGUCAACGUGCAAGGCUUUUGCAGCUCCCAGUGCGGGACCCAUCUGUACACCUUCCCUUCGGCUGCGACACAAUCGCAUGUGCUCCCUUACGCCUGGGUGGGGAAUGCCGAGAAGCUGUGCGCAGGAUAUUGUGCGUGGCCAUAUGCCAAGCCCCUGAAGGGAACUGGGCCCGACGUGCCGCCGUUGAAAGCCCCCAGUGGCGAUGUCGGUGUGGACGGGAUGAUCAUCAACAUUGCCAGCUUGCUUGUGGGCGCAGCAACUAACCCUUAUGCCACAGCUUACUUUCAGGGCGACGCAACAGAUCCUCUGGAAGCCGCCGGCGCUUGUGGCGGAAUCUAUGGAUCUGGUGCCUACCCUGGCUACGCUGGGCAGCUCCUGUCGAACCCCACGACGGGGUCUAGCUUCAACGUUUACGGUGUUAAUGGCCGGGAGUUUCUUGUGCCAUGGGUGUUCAAUCCUGUCACGCAGAAGUGCGCAGGCCAAGUAUAAUAUGUCGCAGUGUUAGAUCGAUUUGUGAGCCUGCUUGACAUCUGUGCUGCUGACAGCCUUAAGUGAAGAGCUCCCAUGGCAGCCGAUGCAACGCGAGGAGAAUUAUUUUUUAGUACAUACGGUUCAUAUCGUUGAUUUCUUUGUGACGUCGUUUUGUUCACAGACAGGCUAAGAGAGUUUGUGUCUGAUCAUUUUAUUUUGUCGCUCUUGGUGCUAAUAUGGAAGUGAAAACAUGAAGACUAGUGGAAUGGCACGUGAGCUUUGGCGUUUAGGUUGCCGUCAAUGAUGUAGUAGUCCUGAACACAUUACAUAAAAAGUUUGAAAUGGUGGUAA